AUUAUUUUUUUUAUUGUUUUGUAGCAAACAUCCCCUGACUUGUUCAUCUGCACAUACACUAUAUAAACAGAUUCAAGUUGCUGCAGACAUGCAGCAUGUGAAAUAAACCUCACACAAAACCUUAAGGUACAGAUAGAUUAAUAUAUUCAAAUGGGGAAUCAAAGAAUGAGUAUUAGGCCUCCUGUCUGUGGCCUGUUGAUCAUAUUCCCCUUGCUUCUCCUGAUAUCUCAUUCCGCGGCUCAGCUGAGCACCAAUUUUUACCAGAAGUCAUGCCCAAAUGUCGAAUCCCUCGUCCAGGCUGCAGUUAAAGCCAAGUUUCAGCAAACCUUUGUCACUGCUCCGGCAACCUUGCGGCUCCUUUUCCAUGAUUGCUUUGUUCGGGGGUGUGAUGCUUCAGUAUUGCUAGCUUCCCCAAAUGGAAACGCGGAAAAGGAUCAUGGGGAUGACAUAUCACUGGCUGGAGAUGGAUUUGACACUGUCGUUAGAGCUAAGGCCGCUGUUGAUAGUGAUCCCAAGUGCCGGAACAAAGUCUCUUGUGCUGAUAUCUUAGCUUUGGCUACCCGGGAAGUUGUGGCCUUGACAGGAGGACCGCGGUAUGCAGUUGAACUGGGCCGGAGAGAUGGGAGGAUAUCAACCAAGAAAAGUGUUCAACACAAACUUCCACAUGCUACAUUUAACUUAGAUCAGCUUAAUUCCAUGUUUUCCUCCCAUGGUCUUAGCCAAACAGAUAUGAUUGCGCUUUCAGGUGCACAUACACUUGGUUUCUCUCAUUGUGGCCAAUUCUCAAAACGAAUAUACAAUUUCAGUCCUGGUAAACGGAUUGACCCAACCCUGAAUUCAGCGUAUGCCUUGCAGUUGAGACAGAUGUGCCCCACAAGAGUUGACCCGAGAGUUGCCAUCAACAUGGACCCAACUACACCUCAAAAAUUUGACAAUGCCUACUACCAAAACCUUGUAGAAGGAAAGGGCUUGUUUACUUCUGAUCAGAUAUUGUAUACAGAUACCAGAUCAAGAAGCACUGUUCAACAAUUUGCAUCAAGCAAUGAUGCUUUCAAUAAAGCCUUCGUAUCUGCUAUUACCAAGCUUGGCAGAAUUGGAGUUCUUACUGGAAAUAAUGGAGAGAUUCGCCGCGAUUGCAACAGGAUUAACUAGGAUUUAUUAGCAUAAUUACAUAUAUUGACCCUGUUAUACAUUGAGAUCAUACGGUGUAUAGAGAGUGACAAAUUGCAUUAUAAGUCCAAUUCAUGCUUAAUAAACUUGAGCAAUGGCCAUUAAUGUAUAGAUAUUAUACAUUGCUCCUCAAAUUUCUUAUAUCAAGGCUGUUCCUCAAAUCAAUAAGAAUAUUUACAU